GAUGCAUCCGUGCAUUUGACGAGCUUUUACUACUACUGCGAGUUCCGUUCGCCGACAGGUUUCCUUAGAAACUCGCACUUGACUCGACGAGAUUACUCUGUGGAAUGUCAGUAAUUUCUGUGGUGAAUGUCACGCGGCCAACGUAAUGCCCUGCAACCCGAGUUGACAGAUUCUCAUUGUGAAUUUCAGAAUUUCGCCCGGACGCACUCACCGACCAGACUGAUGAGCUCCGAAAACACGUACUCGCUCUCCAGGGAGCACUGUAACUUGAAAUAUUCGGAUAUCCUGCCGCAGAAUGCCGAAGGUUAUCCAGCAACCAGGGAAUUCCUGAUGAAAGUGGUGGACAUUUUGUUGGAUUUCAUCAAGUCCACGAACGACAGGAACGCGAAGGUGCUCGAUUUCCAUCAUCCCUCCGAAAUGAUGCGUCUGCUGGAUCUCGAAAUUCCCGACACCGGUUUGACCCUUCAGCAACUUCUCAUCGAUUGCUCUACCACCCUAAAGUAUCAAGUUAGAACCGGGCAUCCCCAUUUUUUCAACCAAUUAUCUUGCGGUCUCGAUCUCGUCUCGAUGGCUGGCGAAUGGCUGACAGCAACAGCGAACACGAACAUGUUCACCUACGAGAUCGCGCCGGUGUUCAUUUUGAUGGAGCACGUGGUGCUUCAAAAAAUGCGAGAGCUCAUCGGCUGGAGCGGUGGCGACUCCAUUCUCGCACCGGGAGGUUCUAUCAGCAAUCUUUAUGCGUUUCUCGCUGCUAGACACAAAAUGUUCCCUGCUUACAAGGAACGAGGUCUCGCUGCUAUCGGGGGACAGCUGGUUAUGUUCACGUCUGACCAG